UUCUUCUUUUCUCGCACCUUCUACCCGCGCAACUUGCUCGCACGCCACAGUACAGAAAGAGAGUUAUUACAGACACGACACCGGCCCACCUCGUCCGCUCGUGAACGUUCGUUCCUGCGCCACCUUACCAGCAUACGGCAUUCGCCUUCCCGCGCCUCCGGCCAGCUGCCGACAACGUACCGGCGACGAGCUCGACAGCGACCGUACGUAAAGGAGGCGGUGGUACCGGCGCCAUGGCCGACCACCGGCAACGGCGACUGGGCGGCGCCGACGUCGACCUCUACGCCGUCCUGGGGCUCAAGAAGGAGUGCUCCGACGCCGACCUCAGGCUCGCCUACCGGAGGCUCGCCAUGACAUGGCAUCCGGACCGGUGCUCGGCGUCCGGCAGCUCGGCGCGCGUGGAGGAGGUCAAGGAGCGGUUCCAGGAGAUCCAGAGCGCAUACUCCGUGCUCUCCGACGCCGGCAAGCGGCUCCUCUACGACGUCGGCGUCUAUGACACCGACGAUGACAGCCGCGACGAGCAGGAUGUGUCUGGCAUGGGCGACUUCUUCGGGGAGAUGGCCGAGAUGAUGAGCCAGGCCACGCCGACCGAGAGCUUCGAGGAGCUGCAGCAGCUGUUCGUGGACAUGUUCCAGGCCGACCUCGUCGCCGGCGGGUUCGGCGGUGCGCCUCCUAUGGGCCACCGGGUCCAGGCCCCGAGUCCGUCCUGUACCCCUCGACCUACGUUUGCGCAAGCACGGCCGUCGUGUAACAAGGGUGCCAACAAGCGGUGUUCGUCGGCGAUGGGCUGCGGCAUGCCGCCAAGGGCCUGUCGUCCGGGGUCAGGUUCCAAGGGAGGUGAUUGGAGGCGACGGGAGGAGGCGCCAUGGACGACGACGCAGGAAGACACGAGCAUAGGCGGCAGGAAGAAGAAACAGAGGCCGUCGACGGGCCACGGCGAGUCGUGCUAGGAGGGAAGAUGGGGAUAUCGGCGCGCCCGCGGCAGCGUAGAUGCGCGGCGCGCCGUGACCAAACCUUCUGUCGGGGGAUGCAGUACCUAGUACUCCCUACUCUGUGCGGAUCUGACUCACGGUCGGCAAGUUCUGGAGGAUGAUGCGCAAACUUUUUAAUUUGUUUCUUCGUUUGUUC